UCUUCUUCCUUCUUCGGCGUUCAUUUCAUCUUCUAGGUUUAUUCAGCUUCAGACACCAUGGCGCGUAACAUAUUAAACCACCGAAGCACAGAGGGACGUGCUUGAGCUGGCGAGGUGAUGCGUUUGCUGCGGGGAUGAUGGACCUGGCGCCUGUAACUGAACCGGAGGAACACCACGGCUUGGGCGUGCGACGGGGGUGAGAGAACCGGCCACCGCAGGACCAAUCGGAACGGGCAAAGGGAAAAAAAAAAAACUCUGGUCGUGGGUCGGUGGCUACGGCGUGGGUGUGCGACGGGAGUGAUAGGACCGGCCGCCGCAGCACCAAUAAGUCAGGGGUGGAGCGCGGAUUGGAGCGGGCAGAGCCUCUGGGCGAACAGCGCGGAUUUGGUGGCCUCUCACGAACGAGGACUACUGUGACGGGUGGAGAACAGCCCGAACGUUUUCUGACCGGCGAAAACAAAAUAAUCGGGCAAGAUAUUGCCGAGACACUGUGCAACAAAAAGCAACAAAGUGCAGCAGGAGGAACUACAGUGGGGAUUUGAUGAAUGGUGCUUCUGGAUCUAGUAGCUUAAGGUCAGCUUUCUCCUACUGUGUACAACAAGUGCGGAGUUAUGAUUACCAUAACUACCUUUGCCUCCUUGAACUUCCCCCUCGCAUGCGGAAGCCUGCUUUUGCCCUCCGUGCCUUUAACGUUGAAACUGCAAGAGCCAUGGAUGUUGCUUCUGAUCCCAGGAUCGGUCUGAUGCGCCUUGUCUGGUGGCAGGAAGCUAUAGACAAAAUGUAUGCUAAAAAGCUAAUUGAGCACCCCACUGCGCAGGCCCUAUCAUCAGUGAUCUCUGAGAAUAAAAUUAGCAAGGGAUGGCUGAAACGGUCUGUUGAAGCUCGGAUCAACGAUGCAAGAAGAGAGGUUAGUGAUGUUCCUGAAACUAUUGAAGAGUUGGAGAAAUAUGCUGAGGAUACUGUAUCAACUAUUCUGUACAUGACACUUCAAGCUGGUGAUAUCAGGUCCACUGUAGCUGAUCAUGCAGCAUCUCACAUUGGUAAAGCAAGUGGCCUCCUUUUGCUGCUUAAGUCACUGCCAUACCAUGCUAGUCGUAGCCGUCAUUUUUCUUACAUACCCGCCAAAGUGGCCGCCAAUCAUGGCUUGCUGGUGAAGGAGGGAGGUCGAUCAGAGAUCCGUCUGGAUUCUCGUGAGCGCCUGUGUGAUGCAGUCUUUGAAAUUGCAUCGGUUGCUAAUAUUCAUUUACAGAAGGCUCGUGAACUGGCUGGAAGAGUGCCAGCUGAAGCUCACCCAGUGCUUCUGCAGGCUUUUCCCGCCCAGGUUCUCUUGGACUCCCUGAGCCGGGUACAGUUUGAUGUGUUUGAUCCAAGGUUAUCACGAGGGCUCCUGGGUAUUCCUCCUUUGUGGUAUCAGUUGAAGCUGAAGUGGUAUUCAUGGAGGGGAAAGUAUUGAUAUAUGCUUCUGGCCUUUUACCAGUUAAGUGGGAAAUUCUUCGUCAGCUGGGAUAUCAAUUUGCAGAUAAAAAUGUUGUAGUUUCGUUUUCUUCGAAAUAAUGGGAUCUUUUGCCAUGAAACCCAAAUCCAUACUCAUAUGAAGCGGUUCUGAUUAUGCAUAUAUUACGCAGAUGAACAGAGGCUGUGUUCCAUUUAGACUUCUUCUGGACUUUUAUGGGUUCAAUUAAUUAUUCUCUGAGUGAUCAUGGAAACCACAGUUGGCCGUGGGUCUCAAUAUCUAUUUCGGCUCCCUUUUAGAUAAAUGUUUGGGCUUCUCUUUCAUCCCUACAUUAGUUAAUUUUUAUUUAUUUUUUAUUUUUUUAAACCCUUUCCAUUUAUGGGCCCAAUUCUAUGAAUUGGAAAUGUGCCAAUGUCCUCUCCUAAUAAUUAGUAAUCCCUGUCUCUCAGAUUUUUCUACAUUAUAUAUAAGACUCUUGAUCCACUAAUUUUUGAA